AUGUCGCCCAGCCAAGCCACCGGCCGGGCAGCGCGCUUUGCCCAUAUUCUUGCGCGCCUGCAGGAGCUCCCCAACUACGUCUGGGACUCGGAGAUUGAGCCUUUCCAUUCGUCUUAUGACAAUUGGCAUUUCUUUGGUUACGAGCGGACACCCCCGCGCCAGGAGCGCCCGCUCUCGAGGGGAAGGAGCGACAUCACCUCAUCCACCACCUCGCACUCACCGGGCGCCACCCGCCCAGCUUUCCACCGCAGCCACCGCAGCUCCGGCUCAGAGGCGAGCGCCUCCACUGUUCAAACACACCAUACACAAACCACCGCCAAAGCCCUUGCUCCCGAUGGCCGUGCUGUCGUGUGCCGCGUGUCCCAGCACACUCUGCGACUGGAACGCGAAUUCCACCUCUCCAAGCUGGUUGUCAAAGAGUCGGAUCCUGAGGGCAGACACUUUGUCCGUCCCAUAGAAUUUGUGCGCCUGCCUGCAAGACAUGGAGAAAAUCAGCUGGUUGCCAGCAUAUUCGAAGCUCCAGGCCCAAACUUCCUCAAGGAAUUGGUUGAUUUUGGGCCAAAUUGGUACAACUGUCACAAAAACAUCAACGGCAGCAACCCGCCCCAAUUAGAUGCUCUUCUGUCCAAUCAUGGUGUACCCCUCCUGACUUUUCUCGAUUUCGCCGUUGGAUCAGUAGAGUGUCUGGAAAUACUGCACCACGGCCAUGAGAUUGUGCAUGGCGAAAUCCGUGGUGACGCUUUCCACUUCGCAGAAUCAGGCGUGGUCAAAAUGAUUAAUUUUGGAAGCGGGGCACGUUCGUUUGAAAAUGGCCUGACAAGUGCUGGCUGGAGUGCGUUAUCCAAGGAAACCGGGGUUGAGUUAAAGCUGGCUUUCAUCUCUCCCGAACAGACGGGCCGCAUGCCUGCCGAGCCGGAUACCCGAACAGAUAUCUACAGCCUUGGCAUCCUCUUCUACACAAUGCUCUGUGGACAUACUCCCUUUGACGGAAGCACUGCUCUCGAUGUAAUGCAAAACGUCAUUAGCAAGCGCAUCCCUCCUGUCUCUUCCAUACGUCUGGACAUCCCCGAAGCUCUCUCUGAAGUCAUCCAGCGAAUGACGCAACGAAGUAUUGAAGACAGGUACCACUCUACCUCGGGACUCAAGCACGACCUCGUUCGUAUACGCGAGCUGCUCUGCGAAGGCGAUGUUGAGAGAUUGAAGGCAUUCCAGGUUGGCUCAAAGGACAUCAGCUGCUUCUUUAAUCUUCCACUCAAGUUGAUUGGGCGCGAAAAAGAACGAAAGACAAUAGUCGAUGUGAUUGAGCGAGUAGCGAGGCACCGCCGCAACGGUGUCAAAAACCUGCAGAGCAUGAGUUCAGGAUCGUCUUAUUCAGAUCAGCGACUGGAUCUGCAAUUUGAUGAUCUCAUCUCAGAGAGUACCAGUUCGAGAGGUUCCGAAAGCAGGAUGAACAGCGUCUCGGCAGACGGGCCUGUUUUCAUGGAGGCGGCUCGAUCGAUACAACAAGGCUCCCAAGACAGCAUCACACAAUCAGAAACGUCUACAGCUGACGGUAGUAUGGAAAAUCGACCCCAGCUGCAAUUCACCCAUAGAGGGCGGUCUAACAAUAGCAUUGAGAACUCAGCACUCCAUUCUCGCUCACAUCAAUCCAACGAUGGUCUGCGGACUUUAGCAAGUACACGGAGACUAAGGCGCAAGGCUCGCUGCGAGGCAACAAUUGGCGGAGCCACUGGGCUGGGCAAGUCCCGCUUAGUGCAGAGCAUACAGAGCACUGCGCGGAGUACGGGUUACUUUGCAAUGGCCAAAUUCGACCCCGAUAAGAGGGCGCCUUUCGAUCCAAUCCUCAGACUCAUGUCCUCAUUUUUCAGACAGAUAUUUUCAGAAGCGGAUGUCACAACCGAAUUUCACCAACGAUUACGCCACUAUCUCAAGAACAGCGGCGUUUGGAUGGUCCUGCGGAGUUAUCUUGAUCUACCCGAGUGGCUCUUAAACACAAACAACGGGCUCAAAACACCCCAGCAAAAGGACAUAGAUUUUCUCAAGGAUCGUCGUGCAUCCUCUCCUGCCGUCCAUUGUGGAGGUGCUGGGCAUACCGCUGAGGCUUGGCUACGAAGUGGAGGCGCCUCCAAAUCGUCACGGUUCAUGAAUGUCUUUAUUGACGUUCUGCGGCUUCUUGCAAUGCACAAGCUCUGUACUUGGAGUCUGGAAGAUGUCCAAAACGCCGAUCCAGAAAGCGCGGAGCUCAUACACCACAUCGUCCAGGCCAAAAUACCCCUUGUUUUGAUGCUGACUUACACCGAUGAAGAGACUUUGCCGCGGGAGCUCGUUCCCCUUCUUCGAAAUGCUACAAAGGUCCAGCUGCUACCCUUCACCGAAGUUCAAACUGCCGAGUACGUGGCGGAAACUCUCCAUCGAGAUCAUCAGUACAUACUUCCCCUGGUGGCUGUCAUUCAGGAAAAGUCUAGAGGGAACCUAUUCUACAUACGAGAAAUACUAGACACAUGCUAUAGGAAACGAUGUGUCUUCUAUGAAUGGCGAGAGAACAAUUGGGUUUUCGACUUAGAUAAAGUCUUUGAAGUCUUCGAAUCCCCGGACUAUGGAUCUGCGGUUACGACAGAUUUCAUUGCCCGACGCCUGACGGAUCUGCCCCAUGAGAGCAGAAAACUCCUUGCGUGGGCUUCGCUCUUGGGCGGUACAUUCUCUUUCGAGCUUCUGAAGAAACUCUUGAAGCGGACAGGCCACGAACCCCCUGGGGCUAGACUGCCGCUCUUCGACAAGAACGAAUGUGCCGUCACAGCACUCAAUGAAGUACUCAAAGCCUAUGUGCUGAUGCCUGCGGAACAAGACUCUCGGUUCAGAUUCAGUCAUGACAGAUACCUGGCCGCAGCCUCCAACUCGUUGGACAAAGAGUGGGACACUCAACUGAUGCACUUUAUUAUCGCCAGAAUGAUCAUCUCCGGGAAGGAGUACCUGGACGACCCAGAAUUGAGUUCAAAGGCUUUAUAUAUGCAGAGCCGCCACAUCUGUCUUGCUGCAGAGUUGAUCAAGUCCAAGGAACCAAUACGGGCUCCAUUUCGUGACAUGCUCUAUCAGGCAGGAGAGACGGCAUGUGAGUCCGGCGCGAGAUCAACAGGUAUCUACUACUUUGCACACGGCCUCAAGCUGUUGCAAGAUGAUCCAUGGGAUGAAAGCAAACCAGAUGUUUCAUAUCAGGAGACUUUGCAACUUUUUGUUCGUUCAGCCGAGUGCUAUUGGCACCAGGGCAUGUAUGACGAAGCCCUUAGUUUGAUCGAGACUACAUUUCAACAUGCGAAAAACCCAUGUGACAAGGCCAGCUCGUUCAUCCUUCAAUCCCGUGUCUUUGCCGUUCGUGGCGAUAGUUUGGGAGCACUUCAGGCUUUGAAGAAUUGUCUAUCUAUGCUUGGGUAUCCUAUACCUCCCACUACGUGGGAAGCCUGUGAUGCACAGUUCCAAAAGCUCUACAGUAUGCUUCAAACGACUGACAAGAACGAACUGCUUGCGUCCCAAUCGCUAACAAACGACCGCGUCCUGAUGACCAUUGGGCCUGUAUUUGUUGAGCUCCUUAGUGCGGCGUUCUGGUCAAACAGCUUACUGUUCUAUCAAGCAACACUAAUGUUAAUCCAAGUGCACCUUGACCGAGGCAUCAUAUCACAGGUAGCGCUUGCGUACGUACACCUUGGCAGCAUUGCUGGUGGCCGAUUCAACAUGGUACAGUUUGCUGUGGACAUGGGCGAUAUAGCAAAGCGGAUUUUCCAGAUGUUCCCCGAAGAUUACUACACCUUAGGCAGAGCCCAGACUCUACAGCCUUUGUUUCUUGGCCACUUGGAAGGGCCACUUGGCGAUUUGAUUCCUUUUCUGGAGGACGCUUUACAGGCUUCUCUGACUGCGGGCGAUCGUAUUCUCACGCUCUUGAAUGUUGGUGUUCGGGCUUAUUUCAAAAUCAUGGCUUCUCAUGACGUCGCUGAAUUAGAGGCUUGGAUCGAGGAAACACCUCUAGACAUGAAAAAUUGGGGAAAAGACUUAAGAGGAGGUGUGUUUCUGAUAGCCAGCCGCCAAUACGCGCGAGCUCUUCAAGGAAAGAUUGACACAAACGACGCAUCAUCGAUCUUCUCCGAUCACGAACACAAUGAAGCAGAGUACAUCAGCUUCCUUGAAAAGACAGCGAGCAAUCCGAAGCGGCCAAAGUCGAUAUACCUUGCUAUGAAACUUCCAGUAUUGGUGCUCUUCGGUUUCAAUCCGGAGGCUAUUGCUCUUGGUGAGCUAUUACUGCCCAUGAUAAGCAGCAUGUGGUGUGAACGGUCAAACUACUCGGUGCGGUAUUAUUUGUCAGUGGCAUAUAUGGCCGUUCUCAGAGCGGACCCCCAGAACGCUCGCAAAGACGAAAUGCUUCGCCAUGUCCAAGAUACACUGAAGCUGCUCGAUGUGUGCUGUACAAUUACUGAUGCCAACUACCGAGGCUGGAGGCAUAUUCUCAAUGCCCUUGUAGCAGAGAGCAGUCUCGACUAUACAUCUGCGCUGCAAAAUUACGAAGGUGCCAUGGAUCAUAGCGAGACUUACAACUUCACACUAGACGAAGCAUUUGCUCUCGAGUUAUAUUCCGAGUUUCUCAUACGGAAAAAAGCUCAUAGGGCAGCCCGUCAUACGAUCAAGGACUGUCUCUCGACAUAUAGAAGAAUGUCAGCAUUUGGAAAGGCGAAUCACUUCGCGAGCAAGCACAAUGCUCUUCUCGGUCGCAGUGCUCCAUUUACUGCUCAGGACGUUGGUGUCCAGACUUCGAUCACUGAAACAAACAACACAGCCUUCCGGCUCGAACAGAAUGACCUGGGGACUGAAACGGCUGUUGAUCGGACGCAGAACUGGAUUGUCCCAGAGGGCACCCGUCGCCAAGAGUCCGCUCAGGGUCUGCAGAAUGGCCUAUCGGCUGUUGGUCUCGACAUGUUAGAUCUUUCCUCUAUCCUUGAGUCAAGUCAGGUUCUUUCGAGUGAGCUAGUGGUAGAUAAACUCAUGGCCAAGAUGAGUUCGAUUCUCUUGGAAUCCACUGGAGGAACACUUUGUGGCAUUGUCGUCGAGGACCCACAGAUUGAGUGGUCUAUCGCAUGCGUAGCUACCAACGAGCCCGACAAUGACAGUGGGUUCAGUUCGGGUGUUACAUCAUUCCCUGCCAGUCAGCCUUUGGACACUGUGGACGAUGUGGUCGCUAGACAGGUGACACUCUACACGUUGCGCUUUAGGGAGACCGUCUUUGUUCAGAACCUGCUAGAAGACGACCGUUUCUCCAACGUCUCAGACUCGUACCUGCGACGCAACCCCGAAGGUAAAGCAGUUAUUUGUAUCCCUAUCGUACACAGUGACCAUCUCUUGGGUUCGAUUUAUGUCGAAGGUCCGCCAAACUCGUUCACCGAACGAAACACGCAAGUCCUUCGAUUGCUGGUCAACCAGAUAUCCAUCUCUCUGGCGAAUGCGCUACUCUUCAAGGAGGUUGAGAGGGUUUCUGCAAGUAACGAGGCAAUGCUGGAGAUGCAGAAACGGGCCUUGGCGCAGGCACGAGCUGCAGAGAUUAAAGCGAAAGAGGCCGAAGCAAAUGCCAUUCGCAACAUGAAAUUGAAGGAGGAAGCAGCAAAGGCCAAGAGUCUCUUUUUAGCCAAUGUUUCGCAUGAACUGCGCACACCCCUGAAUGGAGUCAUUGGCAUGUCGGAACUGUUGAAGGCGUCGCCUCUCAACGGAGAGCAAUCAGGAUAUGCAGACUCGAUUCGUGUCUGUGCUGAUACGCUGCUUUCGAUCAUCAACGAUCUGCUUGACUAUUCCAAACUCGAGGCUGGCAAGAUGAACGUCAUGGAGAUGCCGAUUUCGCUCAAUGAGACCAUUGCCGAGGUUGUUCGUGCGCUUGCGUACACAAAUGCUGAGCGAGGCCUCAAGACAAUUGAACAGCUGGAACUAGAUCCGGAAAUGCUUGUCAUGGGUGACCCUGUCCGGCUUCAUCAAAUUCUUAUGAACCUACUAUCCAAUAGCUACAAGUUCACGCCAAGAGGGUCGGUCACGGUUCGUGCAGUCGUUGAUCAAGAGACCAGCGAGUGGGCAGAUGUGACUUGCAGCGUCAUUGAUACUGGAAUCGGCAUUCCAGACGAGCAGAAGCAAAAAUUGUUCCUUCCCUUCUCGCAGAUUGAAUCUAGCUCUGCCAGAAGCUAUGGCGGCACAGGUCUUGGCCUCAGUAUCUGCAAAGCUCUCAUAGAGAAUGUCAUGCAUGGAACAGUACGCCUCGAUAGCCAGCCAGGCAAAGGAACAACUGUCACUUUCUCGCUACGUUUCAAGAAGGUGCCAAAAGCACGUGCAGGGGAUCAGCAGCAGAGGAGCAGAGAACCAGAUCCUAUGGCCAGGUUUUCUAGCCAGGAGAACAAUGGUCACGAACAUACUUCAGGUGCUUGCAUUGACCUGUCUACUGUUCCAAGACGAGACCUACGGGUCUGUAUUGCAGAGGACAAUCUGAUCAACCAGCGUAUCGCCAUCAGCUUUGUGCAAAAACUUGGGUUCAAAUGCGAUGCAUAUUUGGACGGCUUCAAGACAAUAGAUGCUCUGGAGCGUGCAUCUGAGAAUGGACGACCAUUCCAUCUGGUCCUCAUGGAUGUGCAAAUGCCGCAUUGUGAUGGUUACGAAGCUACCAAACUCAUCCGGAAGCAUCCCAAUCCUGAGAUAAGAAACGUUCUCAUCAUUGCUAUGACGGCUUCAGCCAUACAAGGUGACCGUGAAAAGUGUAUCGCAAGCGGCAUGAACAACUACCUGGCAAAGCCUGUGCGCGCGCAGACUCUCAAGGCGCUGCUCGAGUCGUACUUGAACAAGAACAAGGAGUCUGAGGAAAUACCGAAUUUGGCAAUCGAGGCGAAGAAGAUGGUCAACGACGCGCUGAAGGAGGCCCAGACACUACCCAACGUCACGAGUGGAAACGAGGAUGUCCAGAAGGAGGCGGAUGUCCAGAGCGCAGCGAUAGAAGCAAAGAAGGCGGACCGGCCAUCGGGAGUGCGUAUGUCGACUACUCAGCACAUACUUCCAAACGGGAAGACGGAGCCUGUUCUACCAUCAUGA